GAAACAAAGCAGAUAAAGGAUAACAAAAAAAAAAGAAUUUUUUCGUCUGCUGCACUUUUUAGCUGCGCUUGUAAUUUUUGUGUAAAAAAUUUAUAAAAAAAUCACAAAUUAGUUAAUAUUUUAUAUUAAUCUAUAAUACAACAAAUAUAUAUUAGUUUUAUAAUAAAAUUAAUACAAUAACUUAUAAUAAAAGCAGAAAAAAUUAAUUUUAUACAUUGCAAAAAGUAAUCGAGAAGAAAAAAAAAGUGAAAGCCAAUUUUGUGUGAUAAUUGGAAAAAAUAAAAGCAAGAGAGAACCACAAAAUAUUGAAGAGAAACAGCGAAGAGCAAUUAAGAAUUUUAAGAGAAAUAAAAAAAAAUAGUUUCUUUUUUGCUUCCAAACAGGAAACGUAUCGAAAGAAAAGAAAAAAAGCAGAAAAGUGCAGCAAACGUUAAAUACAGGUGGAUUUUUUCUUUUUUUACACACUACCAGCUAAGAAAAAACAAAAAGAAAAGUUAAAAUACAUUUAAAAUUUUUGUCAUUAUUUAAAAAUAAAAACCGUCAAAAUUCUCGGCUUAAAUAACAAUUCAAUUUAUAUUAAUAAACUUCAUCCGAAUCAUAAUAUAAAUAAAUUAACGCGUUCAAAUAGCACACACCACCACAACAACCGAAAUCUGCCGAUUAUGUUUGUCAACUCAAUGACGUUCCGUGGCAAUCCGGCUGCUGCCAGCCAUCAUUACCAUCAACAGCAAUCGGCUCUAAAUCAUCACGCCUCCUUAGCAGCUGCUGCCGGUCAUCCUCUAGCCGCCGCUCAUCACGCUGGCCAACAGGCAGCUCAGCUACAUCAUGCGGCAGCCCAUACUGGUGGUGCCGGGCCACUGGGACAUCACUUGACUGCUCAUACGGGCCAUCAUGGUGCAGCUGGUAAUAAUAACCAUCAUUUAGCUGGCAGCCAUCUUAAUCGUACUCCCCAUGCUCCCAUGGGACUGGGUACUGGUAAUAUAACAUCUAUUUCUCCACACCUUUCAGCUGGCAGCACUUCAUCGGGCAGUGCAUCGAGCACCAACUCUCCCGAUGGUGGCAAGAUCUACAUAAAGAAUCUGGAACGAUCAAUUGAUAACAAGGCCAUGUACGAUACUUUUUCGGUAUUCGGCAAUAUACUAAACUGUAACGUGGCCAAGGAUGAGCACGGCAAUUCACGCGGUUAUGGUUUCGUACACUUUGAUACUGAGGAUGCUGCUCGCGUGGCCAUCGAGAAGGUGAAUGGAAUGUUGUGUAACAAUCAAAAGGUUCAUGUCGUCAAGUAUAUACCACGACGUGACAGAGAACAGGAGAAGGCUACGCAAUUUAGGAAUUUGUAUGUGAAGAAUUUCAAUGAGGACUUCUCGGAACAACAUAUGCGAGAAAUGUUUGAACCAUUCGGUCGUAUUACCAGUCAUAAGAUCAUGACUGACGAAGAAGGACGCUCUAAACGUUUUGGCUUUGUUGCAUUUGAAAAUCCCCAAUCAGCUCUGGCAGCUGUUAUAGCUUUGAAUGGCAAACAAUUGGGUGACAAGUACCUUUAUGUAGCUCGAGCUUUAAGUAAAAUUGAGCGUCAACAAGAAAUCAAUCGCAAAUUAGAAGAACGUAAAAGACAAAAACCAGGUCAAGUAUUUUUUUAUUAAACAUUGAAAAAAAAACAUAAGAAAAUAAAAAAAAACUUGCAUACAUUUUAUGCGUAAAUUCAAAAUAUAAAAAAAAUAAAAAACUAAAAAAAAAAAAAUUAAUAAUAAAAAUCUAUUAAUAUUUAUCUUAAAGAAAACAUUACUAUUUCAUUAUUAUUAUACACACACUAUGCAAAACCACACUAUAUACUUAAAUGUAUUUGUAGAAAUUUUUAAAAAACCAGAUUGAAUAACAAAAUGAAAUAUCUUUAAAAAAAUUAUGAAUAUUUUUGAAAACUAGAAUACGUUUUAAAAAAAAUUUAAAGAAAUAUUGCUUAAAUGUUAAAUAAUUGUAAUAGUACUACUGAAAAACAAAAACAAAAAAUAUUAAAUGAAAAACCUACACAGCAUAAGCUUUUUUUAGACAAGAAAAUAAAAAACAAAACAAAAACAAAAGAAGAAUAUACAAAAUAGAAGAAGCAAAUAAAAAAAAAAUUCAUUUUAAUUAAUAAUACAAGGAGUAGAGCUCCUUCUUUAAUAAUAAAUUUAAAAACAAAACUCAAAUAUUUUAUGCACUUUAAUGAUACAAACAAAAAAAAUUAUUUUCUCAACCACAAAACAAAAGAAAAAGAAAAACCCAAAAUUAAAAUUGAAAAAUUAGUUGAUAAAUUGAAAAGAAAAAACCAAGUAUUAGCAAAAGAAAAAAAAUAAUAAACAUGUUUUUUAAAUAUUUCAAAACAAAAAAUAUAAAAUAAUAAUUAUUUAGUAAAACCUCUAAAAUAAACAAAAAAAGAAAAAAACAAAAACAAAAAUAUAUACUAAUAACAUUUAUAUGCUUAAAUUAUAAGUUUUCCUUUUUUGAAACAACAUUUUCAGAAAAUUUAGUAAAACACACACACAAACAAAAACUCCCCAUUAUGUGUAGAUAAAAAUUUAAAUUGCUUAAAUAAUAAAGAUUAAAAUUUCCCUGAAAAAACAACAAAA